GGCUCUCUACAAGCUCCUGAGUGGUGUAACUGUGAUGAUCCUUCUCACAUCAAAUGGGUGUCACGCCGAUGACCCAGGCUCACAUCCAUCAUGCGGGCAAGAGCUACCUGGCCAAGACCUUGAUGACCAUUUGCCUUGGCAGGUUGUUAUUCAAAUGGAGAAGGAUCGAUGCUUGGGGAACCUUAUCUCCCCCUAUUUUGUGCUGACAGACGGCAACUGCGGAUUUAGACCUGAACAUGUUUUUCUGGGACGCAAGAACGAGACCACGGACCAUUAUGAGGACUCGAAAAGCGUUGCAAACGUAACAUGCGAUUUGCGUUCAAAGAUAACCAGGGAAGGCAUAUGUCUUCUGCAGCUGUCACACCCUGUGAAUUUCACAGACACCAUAUAUCCAAUCUGCAUUGCCUCACCAUCUAGCCAGUUUGACUCUACGCUGGACAGCUGGGUCACUACCGGUUACCCUGAUCAUGCCAGGGAGCAAGUACCCUUUGUUGGAAACAAUGAGUGUGACUGCUUCCUUCGUAAACGUCCAAUGGAUAUGGUCUGUGCUGGAUAUAAAGAAGAACAUAUGGAAAGGAUGGACAACUGUCUGGGCAAUGUAGGGGGGGCACUGAUGGCCAAGUCUGAUGGACAGUACUGGAGCAUUAUUGGAGUUGUGAAUGUGGAUCCAACCUGCCCCCCCACCAGAAGUCUCAGAGGAUACACCAACGUGACCAGUCAUGCAGACUGGAUUGGCCACGUCACUGGCAUAGACCAAAUAAACUUUACUCCUUUUGUGCUCUUUGGAAGUGACACUGACAGCGAGUUUGAAUGUUCAACAACCCCCUACCCCACCAAACACCCCAAUCCCCAAACCCCAGAUCCCUCCCUGUGUUUAAAUUCAUGGUCAGAUGAUUGCAGGGAGGAUUUUGAGAGUGUAUUUGCAAAUGGUGUCGCAAUGCAAUCUUCUCCAUUCAUCUUACUCUGUAUUCUUGUUCUGUCGUUCUACAGUAUGAACUGGUGAUGGAUCAAAUGAAAGUGGUAGAGCAUUAAACUUCUUAGCCCAAAUGUCUAACCCUGUUCACUAGGUUUCCUUGAGUGCUUUCUUUUCAUGUUAAGGAUAGCUAAAUCAAUAUGGAAUGGGAUUUUGUAAGUAAUUGAUCUUAAAUUAGAGAGGAACUUAACAUGAUGAAGUCAUGCCAUCCCUCUGAGGUUAGAGGUCCUGGAGAUGCAGUGUUGGGUCACUGUUUAAGUUAGAUUUCUCAAAGUCUAUAAUCUGUUUUAUUUUCAGACAUGAUCAUACAUUUGGGUUUUAAAUACAAACAUAGGUACUCCUCAUACGCCUACAUUAUAAUUUGUGUUUUUUUGGUGAAGGGAUGUUGAUGACAAAAUAUGUUUUACGAUGAUAACAAAGAUUUUGUCUUUUGGGGAUAGCUAUCAAUAAUGAAAUAGUAGAUUAUUUUGAUGUUGAGGCUAACAUGUAAGCUGUAAUGUCCUAUUUACACGUUCUACAUAUUAUAUGGAACAUUUAUUUUAAGUGUCUUCCAAUAAAUUCAGAACUCAUGUUCAAUCUGU